AUGGCCGGCCGCCUACUCGAAUGCCACUCUCAUGGACUUCGUCACAUAAAUCCAGGUGUUAUUUGGCGCCCUUCCUUUCUACAGCAGAAUACCUCCCUAUCCAAGGCUCUGCAACGAUCGAGCAUUUACCAAGAGAACUCCUUGCGCAGAGUCGUACAGCUUAAAGCAAAGCAUAUCGUCAACUAUACCCAAAGGGCAACAUACUCAAGUGUCCGCAUUAUACCACAUGUCAUACUCAUAUCCCCUCAAAAUGAAGUCCUCCUGCUUCAUCGAGUGAAAACAUCCUCUUCGUUCCCCUCAGCGCACGUGUUCCCGGGUGGAAACAUAUCUGCCCAGGACGGCAAUUUCCCGCCUGCAGGGCGCCCGGAUAGUCAUGACGAUGGAAUUCACUAUAGAAGAGCUGCAAUCCGUGAAAUGUUUGAGGAAAGCGGGAUAUUGCUGGCAAGGAAUAAGCAUACUGGCCAGCUAGUGAAGCUCAGUCCAACAGAGCGAGAGGAAGGCCGACAUGCCAUCCAUAUGAAUGAAAUCACGUUCGAUGAGUGGUUAAAGACAAUAGAUAUGGAGGCUGUGCCAGACACUGAACUGCUGAUACCCUUCUCACAUUGGAUAACACCCGCGAAAAAUGCCCGUCGCUUUACGACACAAAUGUACAUUUAUUUUCUACCCCCUGCAAACGGCACUAGCAGCGACAUUGCGAAACCAGGAUUGAGCAGUGAAGAAGCCCAAGUGCCUACCUCAGAUGGCGGAGUUGAAAUCACCGAAGCGCAGUUCCUACCAGCGUCGGAGUGGCUACGACGUGCGAAGACAGACGAGGUAAUCAUGUUCCCUCCUCAGGUACUAUUACUGAGCUUUGUCGCACAAUUCCUCGAAAGAGCAGGCGAAAAGAUACCGAUACCGGCUGCAGAGUCAACCAAACGACGUGAAGAGCUGGUCCGGUUUAUUCACUCGGGUACGCCUGCAUGGUCUCAUAAAUUCAUAUCUCCACGGCCAUUGGGAAGCAUGCCCGACGGCAGGUUGAUUAUGGAUUUAAACCAUCCGGGACAGGAGCUGGACAAAACUGACAAAAGAGGAGACCCAGAAAGAGUCAUUCUUGUGAAUUUCAAAAAGGAAGGGCCUAGAGAAGUAGAAGUACGAUGGCUCAGUGAGGUUAAAGCCCAUCUGUAG